CCUUCUGUGGCAAUGUGCAAGCUGACGGCUGAGUCAUUUUGGAAUAUAUAUGUAAAGGGUUACGACAGUUACCUCAGACAGGCAAGAAGAGAGAGGAGUGAGCAUCAAAAGAGCGAUUGAGUCAGCUCCACGUUGUGGAAGGCAAAUAAAAAAAAAAAAAAAAGAAGAAGUUGGGCAGAGGUUACAUUAGUUCAUGUGUCUUGUUUAAUUAUCAACUCGUGCACUGUCUGUGCCUAAUCUCCGCGGUGACAUAUAAAUAUAGCCUCAUAGUACGGCAGGACGGACACAUUAGAGCAGCAGGAACCCUCGGCAGCAAGAUGAAAGCCUUCAUCCUCAUCCUCCUGCCUCUGGUCUUCUCCGCGUCCAUUGAGAAACAUGAGGACUUCCAGCUGGACUCUUUACCGGCAGAAUCCAAAUCUCGAUUCGCCAUGCUGGACGACGUGAGGAUCUUGGCCAACGGCCUCCUGCAGCUCGGCCACGGCCUGAAGGAUUUCGUCCACAAGACCAAAGGGCAAAUCAACGAGAUUUUCCAGAAGCUCAACCUUUUCGACAAGUCCUUCUACGACCUCUCGGAACAGACCAACGAGAUCCGGGAGAAGGAAGAGGAGCUCAAGGAGAAGACGUCCAGGUUGCAAGAGAACAACGAGGAGCUAAAAAACCUGUCGAGUAAAAUCUACUCCCAGAUCGAGCAUCUCCUGCAGGACAAGGUCGGGCUUCAGGCCAAGAUCGUCCGGCUGGAGGAGAAGCUCAAUCAGAUCACCGAGGGGCACCAAGAGUUACAGGACCACAAAGAAGUGGCUGCACUGAAGCAAUAUGUGGAGCAGCAAGACAUGAACAUACAACGCCUACUGAAGGAAGUCGCCGACCAGAACGUGCAGCUCGAUUACCAGAACAGCCAAAUAAAGGAUCUCGAAGACAAGAUCAGCAAUGCCAGUGUAGUCGACAGUAAGAAGAUUUCAUUUGCAAGUCAUAAGGUUGAUGACCUCUUGUCCUUCAAUUCAAGCAACUCGACUAAUGAUCUUCCGCGGGACUGCAGCGACGUUUAUAACCAGGGCGGGCAGCUGAGCGGCAUCUACACCAUAAGACCCAACAACAGCGCCGAGUUCAGCGUCUACUGCGAAUUCACAACAGAUGCGGCGUGGACGCUUAUCCAGAGGAGGACAGAUGGAUCGGUGGACUUUAACCAGACCUGGGAAGAUUACACCAAAGGCUUUGGUGACCUCAAUGGUGAAUUCUGGCUCGGCCUUAAGAAGAUCUUCUCCUUGUCCCAGCAAGCGGAUUAUAUCCUCCACAUAGAGCUGCAGGACUGGAAGAACAACCGGCGAUUUGUGGAAUAUCUGUUUACUCUCGGAAACCAAGACACGAGCUACGCGCUGCAGCUAUCUCAAGUUCUAGGGACCAUCCCGAGCGCACUGCCGGAAUACACCCCCCUGGCCUUCUCUACCAGUGACCACCACUCCCAACAUCUCAAGUGCCCUGGAGAAACGUCAUCAGGUGGAUGGUGGAAAUCAACUUGUGGAGGAACCAACCUGAACGGUAAAUACAGUAGAUCCAGAUUGAGGGUAAAAGGAGAGAGACGGAAAGGUCAGGGUUUGACCUGGAAACCAGAGAAGGGGAGAAUGUACUCACUCAGGUCGACCAAGAUGAUGCUCUACCGCACAGAGCUGGAGAACUUUGAGUAGUGCUUAGAUGUUUGGGAUGGUUCUCGAGAGACAUUAUGCAAAACGGUGAAACUGAGAAGCAAACCACGCAUCAGUCUUAGGGACCUUCCGAUAUCAAGGGACUAUCAUCAGACAUUCAUGGACUGCUGGCAGUCAUACGAUUCCAUGUGGUUCCAACCAACACCAGAACAUUGGAGUGUACAAUGAAAACAUAGACCCAGCAGCAGCAGCCAUAAGUCACAAAGGGUUCAUAAAAACCACCCCACAGAGGACCACCAAAAAUAGCUAUCCUAACAGUAUAGUAAGGAAAAAGUUCCUUUUAAGACUUACCUUCUCCUUGAAGUCUAACCCAUUAUCUUCCUACUACGUUGAUCCAGAGGAA